GAUAGAGGAACGCAGAAAAGGGAGGACACGCGUGUUCUCGAGUGCAGUGUUCGAUCGGCGUCAGCCAGCGGCCCGCUUUUUACGCGCUACACGCGAGCAACCGCUGCUUCAUCGUCGUAAACUUCGCCUGCACGUAGCGCGCGCGCGCGCGUGGUCAUGCCCGUACACCUUCGGCCGCGUCGAUGAACUGCUUUUCCUGCCAGUGAACCAAAUUCGAAGUUCCCGCAAUCGGAUUUUGGUGAAUGAAAGGCAGUUCCGGUGAACGGAAACAGGAAGCGAAGAGGAGACGAAGAGGACCGUGCACCGGAAUCACAGCCGGUGGCCCUUCGAAACGAUCCACGCAGAGAUUUACAGUGUCUCGUCGACGACCUUGCCAGCGGCGCGGUGCUGGUUCCCUUAUGUUGAAUUAAUCGCCGAGCGUUCGGGCAGCAAUACUUCGCCGGUCACUCGACGAGUUCAAACGAACCGCGCGCCACGAUGGAGGUGUUGAUGCACGAGGCGAGCAAUGGCCAGGAAACAAACGUGGAGGGUUCGUUGAUUUACACCACCGGCAAACAGUUGACCAAGGAGAAGUCGGACGAUCCACGGACCAACGGAAAUGGCAUGCGUUCCAUGGCGAUGGAAGCCGUCGACACCGUCGACAUCACAUUCGAAAACAUCACCUAUAACGUCUCCCUUGGAUACAGAAAAGGUCAGAAGGAAAUACUGCAUAGCCUGAACGGAAGACUUCCGGCGAAACGUCUGAUCGCUCUAAUGGGCCCGUCUGGGGCAGGGAAAUCGACAUUGCUGGACAUUCUAUCAGGAUUCAGGAUAAGUGGCGUGAACGGCGAGAUCUACGUUAACGGUCGAAUUCGACAGAUGAACAGUUUUCGGAAAUGCAGCACGUACAUCACGCAGGACGACCGGUUGGAGCCGUUGCUGACGGUGAUCGAGAACAUGAGAGUGGCCGCUGACCUCAAGCUGCCGACAAAGAUCCCGCGAUACGAGAAGGAAACAAGAAUCGAGGAGAUUCUUACGACUCUGGGUCUGUACGAGCACAUGGAUACGCGAGCGGAUAGGCUAAGCGGCGGUCAGAAAAAGCGGUUGUCCAUCGCUCUGGAGCUGGUUAACAAUCCCACCGUUAUGUUUCUCGACGAGCCAACGACAGGUCUAGACAGUUCGUCAUGCAUGCAAGUGGUGAAUCUGCUGAAGGUGCUAGCCCGUCAAGGGAGAACAAUCAUAUGCACGAUUCAUCAGCCCAGCGCGUCCCUCUUCCAGCUAUUCGACCUGGUAUACGUGUUAGCGAGAGGCGAGUGCCUUUACCACGGUGCAACCGAUCAGUUGGUGCCUUAUUUGGAAAACAUCAAGCUACCGUGUCCUAUGUACCACAAUCCGGCUGAUUACAUAAUCGAAUUGGCCUGCGGCGAAUACGGAGAGGACAAAGUGUCGUUGUUAAUAUCUGGUUCUCAAAACGGCAGGAACGUGCAGUGGUUCAACACUUCCGAUCUCACAGACGCGAAAAAUCUGAGAGCGUUGCAUCCGAUCAAAAAAAUCAUCGAAGCUGAGGGUAACAGCAGCUUACAGGCAACUUCUUUGGUGCAUCAAAUCAGGGUUUUGAUAGGAAGGGGGUUUCUUACGUGCAGAAGAAACACGACGUUAACACACAUGCGAAUCCUAGUCAACAUAUCCGUCAGUUUUAUGCUCGGCACCGUCUUCCUUCAGGCUGGCAUGGACGGUGCCAGAGUCUUAGAUAAUUAUAAUCUUCUCUUUUCGAUUCUUAUACAUCACAUGAUGACCACAAUGAUGCUCACCAUAGUCACUUUUCCUUUGCAAAUGAGUAUCCUGCUGAAGGAGCACUUCAACAGAUGGUACAGCUUAAAGGCAUUCUACACGUCGCUAACAUUGGUCGACCUGCCAGUCUCAAUAUUCUGCUGCCUAAUUUUCACGGUGAUAGUAUAUUUCGUAACUUCCCAGCCAUUAGAGAUGACACGGUUCUUGAUGUUUUUCUCGAUCAGUUUGCUGAUAUCUUUCAUAGGUCAAGGAACUGGUCUCAUGAUCGGAGCAGUAUUCAAUGUAGUUAACGGGACGUUCUUAGGACCGACAUUAUCAGUACCAUUGAUGAUGUUUGCUGGAUUCGGUGUGUCACUGCGAGAUAUACCGAUUUAUCUGAAAUGGGGUACAUACGUCAGUUACCUGCGAUAUGGCCUAGAAGGGUACAUUAGUGCUAUAUACGGGUUCAACCGACCGGUGUUGGAUUGCCAAGGAAGGAAAAACCUGUACUGUCAUUACAAGUAUCCUUCGAAAUUCCUUGAUGACAUUGCUAUGGACGGCGAUCAAUUUUGGAAUGACGUGGUGGCGUUGCUCACGAUACUUAUCUUAACGCGUAUCGGCGCUUAUUUACUUCUUAAAUGGAAGAUCGUCUCCGUGCGAUAAAUAUAAUCGAAGGAUUAUACAGAUCGAACUCAACAUGUGUUCCUCACGACUCGUGUUUUGCCUGCCCACAGUUUUUAUCGUGAUAUUACAUAGAUAUUUCGUACUAUCGUUAGAAAUCACAGCAAAGGGGACGUGAAAGAACCUAUUUAUCAAUGCACGCGAUAGCUAAUAGUAAAUCCAUAUUUAAUUUAAGGUGUAAAAGCAGAGUACACGGUGCGCGGAUAAAUGUAUUGUAAUCCGAAAUCUUGCGUACUGAAACGUUUAGGAAAGGAAUUCAUUGUAUCGAUGUAUCAUGUACAAAACGUUCAUCGUUCGUAUCUAUUCUAAUUGCUAAGACAUUUAAUUGUUUCUUAAUUAAAUUUACUCCAGACUGUAUAUACUUUAUACACAUAAAGUCCGAAAAGAAAGUAAUGAAUUUCUGGGGAAAGGAAGAAAAUGGAAUUCCGUUUUCCUUUUUUUUCUUUAUACAGAAGGAGAAAAAGGAUUCAUAAAGAUUUUCAAAUCCUUUGUAUUAUAAUGAAUAAAAGUUUCACUGACGUUUUGCGAUCGAUCCGUUGUACGUAUAAGAUUUCGUGUAAAGAACAAUCAAGUUUUAAACAAAGCCUUUACGCUACCGUAGAAGAUUAAUGGAUCAAACUUAUAUUAAUAAAUAGCGAAUUAAACGUAAUCUAAGGUGAUAACAUUCCGGAAAGAUAUCUUCGGGAAUUGAACGUGAUAUUUAAGGAUUGCUCAACGAAAAGUCAAUUAAACAACUCGAAUAAUCUGUUCAUACGUGCUGGGUUUUCCUGGAAGCGGUGCGAGAUAUUUAUAUUCUGUCUCAUACCACGUAUAAAACCGUUGUAUAUAAUUGCAGAGUUUCAAAUUUAUUUAAGACAAGUAUUCUUUCAUAGAUCGUAACGUAACAUUUUUUAUUCACACCCGUAACUCUCAGCCACGUAUGUAAGAAUUUUUUAUAUUGUUAUGUUGUUAAUAUUUUACAUACUGAUGGGACCAAAAAUAUAAGUCAUCGGUAACUCUAUAUGUAUCGCUUUAUUUAUACGAUCAUAUUUAUGCUAUUAUAUUUGGUUUAUAAUUUUGAACAUUCGAUGAAUAUUUAAUAAUCGUCAAUAAACUGCGGUUUCUAUGUAAUUUAUGACAGGAACAAAUAUAUGUAUAUAACUAAUGGAAAAAAAACUCUAACGACAAAUAAUUGAUUUCUCAUAAGGAAAAUAUCUCUUUAAUUUAAUAAAUUUCUUAAAUAAUAAAAUGGUAAAUAGUCUUCUUCAACUUUGACACUUAUAGACUAAUUUUGAAGAAGUUAAAGAUGGAGAAAAGUUUUUUUAUAAUGUUCAACUUUGUUAAACAUUUCAUUGUAUUCAAAGGGUCUUGAGUGCUAUAAAUAAAUAAGGCACGAAGUCCACUUACAUGUUUUAGAGUACUUAUUUUAAUUUAUAAGGCAAAGAUAAAACCCAAUACAUCAGGUUUUCAGUACAAAAUGAUUAAUCUCUUGACAUUGAGCUAUUCGAGCCAUUAAUAUUUACGGAAGUACUUUGAACUCGCGAUCUUGCCGAUUUUACGUAACACAUCGAGAACAAUAUUUUUGAGAAUGUGGGCUUAUCAACGUUGUGAUAACCCCUUCCCAAGAAUAUGCUUUACACAUUAACAAUGUAUGUACUAGAAAACGUUUCAAGUAUAAAGAAAU